AUGCGUCCGAAAUCACCCGAAGGCACCAUGAAGCAGAUCUUGAGCGCCCAGAGGCCUGCAGAGGCCCGCCCGGACAGGGCGAAGCGGACCGUGAGCGUUCAUUGCCCGGCAAGCCCCAGCCUUGAGCUGGACGUCAGCUUUGCGGAAGUGGGGCGGGAAGUAGCGGAACGCAUCACAGCCAGAGUGCUGCAUCAAGUCCAGCACGACGAGAUCUGGUACGUGGUGCGGAAGCUUGGCGCGGGUUGUGUCGCGAUGUGUUGGCCUCUGCCUGAUGUAGUUGCCCUGACGGAAACGUUGUCACUCACAUGGUAUUCCAGCCAACAGCUCAACCAAGGCAUCCAACUACUCAACAGCCUGCGUAGUUUGACCUUUGGCCAGGAGUUCAAUCGGAACUCGGAGGGCAUCAACUACCCAGCAGCCUGCAGAGUGUGA